AUGGCAUCUUCAAAUCCAUCAUCGACUCCCACCGACCCCCACAUUCUAGGCAACGCACAUCGCGACAAAGGACUACUAAACGAGGCUGAACAGAUGUACACCCAGGCCUUAGCCGAAAGAGAGGCAAAGCUUGGACCAGAGCACGCCUCGACCAUCGACACCGUCAACAACCUGGGUGUCAUCUACUGCAGGAAGGGCAGACUCGACGAGGCGGAGCAAAUGUAUACCAGGGCUCUGGCCGGAAGAGAGAACGAUCUAGGGUCAGAGCAUACGGCAACUCUCGACACGGUCAAUAACCUUGCGAUUGUCUACUGCUUACAGGGACAGGUAGACAAGUCGGAAAAGAUCUUCCUUCGAGUCCUAUCUGGGCGGGGGAAGCAACUUGGAGAAAAUCAUGCGUCAACCAUCGAUACCCUCAACAAUCUGGGAAACCUAUACAUCGCACAGAAAAAGCUGAACAAGGCGGAAACAAUAUAUCUACAGGUCCUGGCUAGGAAAGAGACGCUGGAAGGGGACGACGACGUCGCAACCCUCAAUACUGCCAACAAUCUUGGAAAUCUGUAUUAUUCCCAAAGAGAAUUCGACAAGGCAAAGCAGAUGUACACGCGAGCGCUAGCGGGUACCGAGAAGGCCUUUGGAAAGGGUCACCCCUUAACCGUGGAAACUCUCAAUAGCCUCGGAAAACUGUAUAAUGCGCGUGGAAAUUUGGGGAUGCCAGAACGAAUGUAUUUGCGGGCGCUGGAUGGUGCUGCGAAGGAUCUGGGUCCGGAUCACCCCUCGACAUCAGAGACGGUCACUAAUCUUGUAGACCUAUAUUGCGCCAAUGGAAGGAUGGACAUGGCCCGACAGUUGCAGGAGAGAUGGCUUCGUAUGUGA